CGAAACGUCAUCAAAAUUUUUGUGCAGCUGUGGCACUGUCAAAAUCUUCCUGGCGGAUCCGAUUCGAUGACGACCGACUUGUGUGCGUAUCUGGAUGCAUUUUUAUUUACCCAUCGUUUGCGACGAGAAGUUUGAUUGCGGAUUGAAAAUCAGGAAAACCUGUGUCCCCACGGCACGGCACCACCAGACUACGGAUAAUCCAACACCUGCUAGGAAAGUGGAAAACGUAGCCAACAGGGAUUGAUGCCAACCGGUUCACCGUCAUGGGAAUGAACGUAAGUCGACACGACGAUCUGGGCGAAAACGAGUAUCUGAAGCGCUUUGUUGGCAAAGAGCAUAUUCCGGCGUACAACGAUGAGUUCUGGAACAGUUUCCUGCAGUAUCACAUCAAUCUGCCGACAAAUAGCCAAGAACAGUUGAGUUUGGAUUCGAGACUGGAGACGCUUUGUCAGAGCUUCAUCAGUCACAACCUUUCGACCGGAAACUUUGGUUCACUGAUAAAUGUUUAUCUGGUAAAGGUUUCCGAAUUGCUGGCCUUAUCCGAUGCUGAAAGCACGGUACACAUCUGGCAGGCAUUCAAUGCUUUGUUUAUUAUCCGGUGUUUGAUCAAAUACAUGAUUGAAACUGGCUCAGAGUAUCAACUUCUGCAGCACUUUGAGGCAUUGCCCAUCCAGGAGAGUCAGAGGCAGACGGAUGGCACAACACAAGCUGGUGGCAGCAGUUCCGGUGCAGAUGUGGCAGUUAGUAUUGAUCCCAAGGUUAUUGCCGAUAGCAAGGCAGCGGUGGCCAAAUUGGUGGAUGGAACCAAAUUUGAGACGUUCCUGGAAGCGUUAGUCAACAUCAUCGUUGUGAUACCGGUUAAAGAAUUUACAUAUCACCUGCAUUUGGAAGCUGUAAACUGUUUGAUUGUACUGCUGUCGGUAAGCCAAUUUUCUCAACAGAGGACGGAUAAAUCUACCAUCUUCAAAACUAUCUACAAAUGCCAACAUGCAAACACUCUGAUGAGUGCCUUGUUGCACUUCCUUAGCCGCAUGACGCAAGCUCCCUCGACGAUGUUCGGUUUCGGAAGCGGUGGCUCGUUUGUAUUCGGCAUUGCGGAAUCACUGUGGUCCAUCCUAACAUUUGCCCGAAAGCAACCGGAUAUUCUGUCGGCGCCCGAUUUACCUUCAGCAUUCAAGGAUCACUAUCCGCUGGCCAAUCAGAGCUUGCUCCUGAUGUUGAUUCUGUCCAACCACUACACCACCAAGGACAAUCCAUAUCGGGCCAGUUUGUUCGGAUGCUCCGAUUCGCAAGCAGAUUCUUCGAAAGACGACGCUGCAACUUUCAAAAUCGACUUCUCUUCCCUGUACAACACGCUGUGCCGAAUUGUGACUAUUGAUCAAGCUACCCUGUUACUGUAUCUGCUGCUACAUCGAAACCAAAGAUUCUACAAGUACGUUAUGGCACAACAGAAUCUGCAGCAACUGGUCAUUCCAAUUCUCCAAACCCUCUAUAAUGCCCCGGAUAGCACUUCGCAUCAUAUUUACAUGUCACUGAUCGUGCUCCUAAUUUUGAGUGAAGAUGAUAACUUCAAUAAGAGUGUCCAUCAAAUUAUCCUCAAAAACAUUACCUGGUACACGGAAAGAUCGAUCAGUGAGAUUUCGCUCGGCGGCUUGCUCAUUCUCGUAGUAAUACGAACCAUACAGUACAACAUGCUGAAAAUGCGCGACAAAUAUCUGCACACCAACUGUUUGGCAGCCCUGGCCAACAUGUCCGGUCAGUUCCGAUCGCUUCACCCGUACGUAGCGCAACGGUUAGUUAGUCUCUUUGAAACCCUCGCUAAAAAGCAUGCCCGGCUCGACCAGCAGCUGAAGCAAUCGGUCAAUGGAGAAGCCGCCGUGGUCGAUGUGGCCGUUUCGCUGUCAGCGCCCAGUUCCGAUGAUAUGUUGCAGGAUUUGUCGGUGUUGGAGGAAGUGCUCAGGAUGGUGCUAGAAAUUCUCAACUCGUGUCUGUCGCACCAGCUGGUCUACUGUCCCAAUCUGGUGUACACCCUGCUGUACAAACGCAGCGUCUUCGAGGCCUUCCGGAGUCAUUCGGCUUUUCAGGACAUCAUUCAAAACAUAGAUAUGGUUGUUGGGUUUUUCUCGUCAAGGUUGGUACGGGUUCAGGAUCAACGGGGCGAGCUCGGGGUCAAUGAAGUGCUAGAAGUUAUUUCGAAGGGAGCCAGCCAGUGGUCUAGCGAUCGGUUAAGGAAAUUCCCGGACCUCAAAUUCAAAUACGUCGAGGAAGACGCCCCGGAGGAGUUUUUUAUCCCUUACGUGUGGUCGUUGGUGUGUAAAGCGGGCUGUGUUCACUUUAGUUCAGAAUCAAUCAAAGGUGUUACGACGGAAAUCAACUGUUAACCGACGGUCCUUCUAUAACGGUGUCUCUCCAACCAUUAGAACUCUAUGGAUUCAAUCUUCCAUAGCUUUUACUAACUUCUAAAAACACUAUAGCUGUUCUACAUCUAAUCGAAAAGUUGUAAUUGCAAUACUACGUAAAACGUGCAAACAAAACAAACAUUUAUGUGGUGGUAAACAAGGCAGUUCACCACUACUGGUCUAGAAGGAAGUGACACACAGGUACUACAUCUCAAUCAACGAGUGCAUGAGCGUUCGCAUGAGUGAUGAUCAAAAGUUAAUAUAGAAAAAUGUGCGUGAAAAUUAACAGAUUUUACAAUACCAGCCGUUGCAUUCCUAUAUCGACAUUAGCGUUUCGUUGGUUAAUUUCUUCGAUGUGUGUUUUCCCCGCCAGCUCAAAAUUGUCAUACAAAUUUGUAAAUAAAACUGUUUCGGUGUCGUAGUACCCUCCUGUCAUUGUUUUACGUUAAUCGAAUAAAUUAUUACCGCAAUAUAGGUUUGUUAACUGGAAAGCUUGAUUCGACUCAAAAGGCAAACCUGAACGUAUUAUAACAAGUAAAAACUACUUUUUAUCGUAUGCAUUAGGUACGCAUAUUCAUCUAAGGAGAAACAGUGCUAAUCAGAAGCGUAAAGAAAUAGAAGAGACUAAUAUAUAAUAAUUUAUAAAUUUCAAAUGAAAUAACAGUUUUCAGUAUGACGACAGUGACGUUGAUCGUGGAUUUGUAAAAACAGAGUUCCAAAAUUGAGUUAGUCAGACGAAAACACUAGCGAAAACAAAUAUACAAAAAAUCAUUAAUUCAA